UUGCCGCAGCGAGGCGAGCGCUGAGGCGGGACUGGUUGGGCCCCCGUCGCCAUGCCGCAGUACCAGACCUGGGAGGAGUUCAGCCGCGCCGCCGAGAAGCUCUACCUCGCCGACCCCAUGAAGGCACGUGUGGUUCUGAAGUAUAGACAUGCUGAUGGCAAUCUUUGUAUCAAAGUAACAGAUGAUUUAGUUUGUCUGCUGUAUAGAACGGACCAGGCCCAAGAUGUAAAGAAGAUUGAGAAAUUCCACAGUCAACUAAUGCGACUUAUGGUAGCCAAGGAGUCCCGCAGUGCUGCCAUGGAAACGGACUGAAUUAAAAUGAAAGCUCUGCAGUUUGUGUUUUUUGAGAAGAGAAUAUCACUUGAAUUAAACAAUAUGUUGGGACAGAAAACUAGGUUGUUGAAAAGUGGAGAGCGGUUUUGUUUUUUUAACUUUCAGACUCUUCCAUAGAAUAAAAACUGUAAAACUGUAUGGUAUAAAAUAUGCUAUAAAACUGUAUGCUUUCAGUUGAAAGCCUCUAUUUAUUUUUGAAAUUUGAGCAGGAAACGUAUCCUCCAUGGACAAGUUGAUGUGGCACAAAAAUUUGUAACUAUUUUUUGUUGUAAGCUUGCAGUCUACUAACUUGGAAGGAUGAUGAACCAGAUUUAUUCCUUUGAGAAAUUUCAGCCAUCCUUUAAAAUGGCUAGAUGUGCUUAUUCAUUCCAUUUUGAUCAAAUGUGUUUCUCUUUAAAUAUAAACUCGUAGAACACAAUAUAUGAUUCUAUGAAAUAUUAAAAAAAACUAGAUCUAAGUAUUCCCAAUAAUGUGGUGCAGUCCCAAAUAUUCUAAAAACUCUAAAGGCAUUUAUGUAAAGUAAUUCUUUACCCUAACCUUUCCAUACACACACAGACUAUUGUACUGUAACCUUAAAAUAUCAAUACCUAGAGUGUCAGGCUCAGAGUAAUAAUGAGUUAUAACUUUGAAUCCAGGAUAAAGUCUCAAUGUCCACGCUGUCCUCUUAAAAAUGGGCUGAAACUAUCCCAUUUGUAAUGCCUACAGGAAGCAUCAAAGAACUGAGGAGUUGAGUUGAAAUGAAGCUCCUGUUACUGCAUUUUUUCCUUUGUUAAUCUUUUUCUGUAUCAAGACUUUAAAAUCAUGGCCCUCCUAUAAUUGUGGUAUGUAGUUGAAUUAGAGGAAAAUACCAUCUGACUUUUUUUUUGGUAACAUCAAAUAAAAUUAAUUUAUCUUAAGAGAAAUUGGUCCAAGUAAGAAAUGUGUUUUGGUUUUGAAAAUUCCCAUUUAAAUUAUUCUUGUUCAAAAUGCUAUAGUAUUUAUUAGCCUUAGGAGUUUGGCAUGUUUCAAAGAGAUAAGCCAAUAAAAAUAUUCAAUACAUGACAUUCUAA